AUGGCAGCCAUCAGCACCGGCAAGGAGGAAGUCGCCUCACCAUCUGAAAGUGUUGAACGCUCUGACCAGAUUGAUGUCAAGCCGACAGAAGUAGUCAUUUUUCAGGGAUUCAACUGGGAAUCGUGCAACUGCAACGAAGGAUGGUACCAACGACUCAUGGACCUGCCAGGAGAGCUCUCCGCAGCGGGAAUUACGGACGUCUGGCUACCGCCGCCCAGCAAAUCAGUGGCUCCCCAAGGAUACAUGCCGAGCCAGCUGUACAACCUCGACGAGUCCCAUUACGGGAGCGAGGAAGAACUGAAGGAACUGAUCGGACGAUUUCACGGAGCGGGCGUGAGAUGCAUCGCGGACAUCGUGAUCAACCACCGGUGCGGCGACAAGCAGGACGAGCACGGCUGCUGGACCAUCUUCGAGGGCGGCACGCCCGACGAUCGCCUCGAUUGGGGUCCUUGGGCCAUCACGCAGGGCGACUCGCCCUUUGGCGGCCAUGGCCGUCCUGACACUGGCGAGGAUUUCCCGGCAGCUCCUGACAUCGACCACACGAACGAGCGCGUGCAGCGCGAGCUGACGGAGUGGAUGCUGUGGCUCAAGAACGACGUCGGCUUCGACGGCUGGCGGUUCGACUUCGCGAAAGGAUUCGCGGGAGAGUUCGUGGGGAAGUACUGCGACGCGACGUCGCCCGCGUUCUCCGUGGGGGAGCUGUGGACGACGAUGAACUACGACGGCGAGAAGCCGGACUACAACCAGGACAGCCACCGGCAGCAGCUGGUGGACUGGGUGGACGCCACUGACGGCCGCUCCACCGCCUUCGACUUCACCACCAAAGGCAUCCUGCAGGAGGCCGUUCAAGGCGAGCUGUGGCGCCUCCGAGACCCCAACAACAAGCCUGCUGGUGAGUGGCUGUAA